CAGCGCUCCUCAGCACUCUGUCGCAGGUAUGACGUCAUCAGCGUUGGCGGUAAUUUGAAAAAGGAGCGUCUGUUGUUAUUUUCCGUGAUUUGGAGAUACAUCUCUGACAUUUACAAAUUAUGGCCGAGGUGGAGGCAGGUGUGGCGGCGAAAGAGGCUUUGUCAGAGGCCGCUUUCAGUGAGCUCAUGGAGCAGUGUGAGGACCAGUUCACCCAGCUGGAGAAGCUUCAGAAUGAGAUCAUACUGUCUGAACCAGAUGCAUGUGAGAAUCCUCAAGACCAGGCAGUAAAUCGACUGAUGGCAACGGAAGCUGAACUGAAGCAGUGGCUGACAGUGGAGCCUAAAUUGCUGUCAUCAAAUUCAAAAGUUUUACUCAAAGCUGGAAAAGAAGAGAUACUCAAACUGUGCUCGGAACUUGAGAUGGUUCUUUCUUGCCAGGAAGCAAAGAGAGACAAACUCAAAGAAACCAAAGAACUUGAACAGAAGUGGUUGGAGGAGAAGCAACAAGUGCUGAUAGCUGCCAAGAACCACGUUGAGCGAAUACAAAUGGAAAAGGGGAAAGCAUCAGAGCACAGUAUAUUACUGGACACCAAAGGAAAAAUCCAGAAGUUGAAUGUGUACCAGAAGAGGUUGAUGGAGUGUCUGUCGGAUGUUCUGGAGAAGCACGUCCCUCUGCCUCAGUACGAGCCCAGCACCAACAAGAAGAAGAAGAGCAAUACCCAGGAGUUUGAUAAAGACAUGAUUUCCCUCAAUGAAAUUCUCGAGCUGCUCAUGAACAAGACUCUGAACACACCACACGACCCCUAUAUUACCAUAGACAACACAUUCUGGCCCCCGUACAUAGAGCUGCUGCUCCGCUAUGGCAUCGCAGUGAGGCACCAAGAGAGUAACUUCAAGAUCCGCCUGGAAACAUUUCUUUGAGGCAGUGGUGCACGAGGCUUCUCAAGCACCACUCAUCUGCCAGUGUUUGAAAGCUUGAGGCUGCUUGCACAGUUCAAAGUGUACACUCAUUAUGUAUGUGUGUGUGUGUGUGUGUGUGUGUGUGUGUGUGUGUGUGCAAGCUGAUAUGAAGAAUAACUGCUAGGAUAGCUAUGAGGCUAGGAAUUCAAUGUAGUGUGUCACACCUAAUAUUUUUAUAUUAGGUAACUAUUUAAAUGCAUUUGACAAAACACUCUCAAUUUCAUGUUAACUUACUCAAUAGUGUUAAAGAUAUUUUCUUAACUACAUAUUUCCUUCAAUCCUAUUUUUGAGUUGAUAUUGAUGAUUAAACAUUGCCAUUGCUAAGUAAUGAA